AUGGAGUCUCCGAUCUUCAUUGGAGUGGUGGACAGUGAAGAAAUUAAUUCUUCACACUGGACUGACAACAAGAUUGGCGGUUCACCUGUGUUUAGCUCAAAAGCUGUUUUCAGGGAACAAUUUAACUGCAGUUCUUGCUCUCAAAGUACUGCAUUUGUUUUUCAAAUUUCCUGUCCUGUUGACAACACCACAAACGAUCGAGUUUUGUACUUUUUCGCCUGUGUCAACCAAAAGUGUUCAAAGAAAGAAUAUUCCGUAUUUCGAGUACUAACGGAACACAUGCAACAAAAACAAUCAAAAGCCAAAGCAAAUGAGAAUCUAUUUGAAGAUGCGUGGGGCAUUUCUAAUGACGACAAAAAUGGAAAUGAUAAAAAUGGCAAUUUGAAUGAUGAUUUUGACAGGUGUUUGAGCCUAAAUGAAAAUGAAAAACCUGAAGAAAAGAAUACUUUUUUCAAAUCGUACUAUAUUUCCGUAUUCGAAGAGCCUCACAAGGAGUGGAAGAUAAAUCAAAAUGAAAAGAAAAACUUGGAAAACCUGGCAAAGGCUUGUUUAGAGGAGCAAAAUGUUCAAGGCGAAGGUUAUGAGAAGCAGUACACAAAUGCCUUCAGAGAAGAUGCCAUCAACUACCACUUCUACAAGCGACUGCGAAGGUGCCCUGAGCAAAUUAUUCGCUACGAUUGGGCCGGUCAGCCACUGCUCAGCUCUGCCGAUGCCGAACCCAAAGCCGAGCCUUGCCCCGAAUGCGGUGCAGCCCGUGUCUUCGAGCUUCAGCUUAUGCCCGCACUGAUCAGCAUUCUCUGUCGUGCUAAACUGCCACACAUCACAAGUCCGAUUGAUUUAGACUUUGAAACAAUCCUAGUGUACAGCUGCGUCAACAACUGCAACUCCAAAGCAGGCGUAACUACUCACAAGGAGCAAUCCAUCGUCUUCAAAGAACGUUUCAAAGAUGAUAAAGUUGUAGAAACUUCUAAUUAA